CUAAGCCCCAUGGAGACAGUCACAGGUUUUUAUUCUCCGAAGUGGGUGCAGCAGGCGUGAGCUGCUGAGGGCCAUUACCUUCUCCUUCCCUCUCAGUCAUGCCUGUCAGGAUGGCUCUGCAGACCCCGAGAGGCCUUGGUACAGCAGCGGUGCUGGUGGUGCUGGUGGUGCUGAGCAGCCCAGUGGCUGAGGGCCGAGACACUCCAAAGGAUUCCGUGUACCAGUUUAAGGGCCAGUGCUACUUCACCAACGGGACGCAGCGGGUGCGGCUGGUGACCAGAAACAUCUACAACCGCGAGGAGUUCGCGCGCUUCGACAGCGAGGUGGGCGAGUACCGCGCGGUGACCGAGCUGGGGCGGCGGAGCGCCGAGUACUGGAACAGCCAGAAGGAGAUCCUGGAGCAGAGGCGCGCCGAGCUGGACACCGUGUGCAGACACAACUACGAGCUGGAGGAACUCUUCGUCCUGCAGCGCCGAGUGGAGCCAAUGGUAACCAUCUCGCCAUCCAAGACAGAGGCCCUGAACCACCACAACCUGCUGGUCUGCUCGGUGUCGGAUUUCUAUCCAGGCCAGGUCAAAGUACGCUGGUUCCGGAAUGGCCAGGAGGAGACAGCUGGUGUCGUGUCCACCCCUGUUAUUAGGAACGGGGACUGGACCUUCCAGAUCCUAGUGAUGCUGGAGAUGACCCCCCAGCGUGGAGACGUCUACACCUGCCACGUGGAGCAUCCCAGCCUCCAGAGCCCCAUCACAGUGGAGUGGCGGGCACAGUCUGAAUCUGCACAGAGCAAGAUGCUGAGUGGCAUCGGGGGCUUCGUGCUGGGGCUGAUCUUCCUUGGGCUGGGUGUUUUCAUCCGUCGCAGGAGUCAGAAAGGAACUCGUGGGCCUCCACCUGCAGGGCUCCUGCACUGACUCCUGAGUGUAUUCUGACUGGGAUUGGCUAUCGCUCUUCUGUAAGGCCUGCCUGUUCCACCUCAGAGUCCCCGCCACAACUGUCUGUCCUCUUCUGAGAUCGGAGUCCUGCAGUGGCUCCAUUGCAGCUGCCACCUUAGCUGUGACUGCUCCUAAGGAUCUGGGCUGCUGCCUCCUGUACUGUCCCCGGAGCCUCUGCCUGUGCACUGCGGCAGGAUCUAUUCAGACCCUGCGGACUUUCUCUGCUCCAUUGUCCCCUACAGAGUGCUCAAGAGAAACAUGGAAACCAUCUGCCUGGCUCUAGAGCUUUUUUUCAUAAUUAAACAUGAUUUUGAGUUAUCUGUA